AUGACAGACGCACUCGGUGCCAUCACAAUCGGCGCCCUCAAGAGCAUCACUGAGGGCGUCACCAUCGACAACCCCAUCCUGCAAUGCGUUCAGAUCAAGCCCAUGGCCAACAACAAUAAUGGCCAGGAGCGAUGGCGCAUUGUUUUCAACGACACUGUCAACUUCAUUCAGGGCAUGAUUGCAAUACGUAUGUCGCGUGCUCAGUAGAGUGUGAAGAAAGUCGCUGAUCUUGUUGUCAGAAUCAAACCAUCUCAUCACUGACGGCAAGCUCAAGAAGGGCAGCGUCUGUCGCCUCACUCAAUACCAAGCCAACUUCGUGAAGGACAAAUACAUCCUCAUUGUGAUCAGCUUGGAUGUUCUUGAAGAGUAUGGAGAGCCAGACAAGUUGGGACAGCCAGUGGCCCUCGAGAGCACAGAGGCAAAGCAGGAGCAGCAAGAGGAUGUAAAGCCACAGCCUGGAAACAUCGCCGGCAACAACUUCUAUGGAAACAAGCCGCAGAUACAACAGCAGCAGCAGCCACAGCGCUCUCUACCGUCUCGUCCCAACGGCGCUUCUCACGGGGGCUCGCACGGCAAUAUCACUCCGAUCGAAGCGAUUUCCCCAUACACGCACAAAUGGACAAUCAAGGCGCGGUGUACGCACAAGGGUGAUAUUAGAACAUGGCACAAUAAGAACGGCGAGGGCAAGCUGUUCAGCGCCAACUUCUUAGACGACUCGGGCGAGAUUCGUGCCACCAUGUUCAAUGACGCCGUUGACCAGUGGUACGAUGUGCUGCAGGAAGGUGCAGUCUACUACAUUUCCAGCCCCUGUCGAGUCCAGCUUGCGAAGAAGCAGUUCUCAAACCUCAACAACGACUACGAGCUCGCAUUCGAGAGAGACACACAAGUUGAGAAGGCGGAGGACAACGAUGGAGUGCCGCAAGUGAGUUAUAACUUCACCACUCUCGCAGCACUUCAGAAUGUCGAAAAGGACACCACUACAGAUAUCCUGGGAGUUCUGCAAGAUGUCGGUGAGGUGAGCGAGAUUGUCUCCAAGAAUUCCGGGAAGCCUUUCAGCAAGCGUGAGUUGACGCUCGUCGAUGACACUGGAUACACCAUUCGACUCACCGUAUGGGGAAAGACAGCGGAAAGCUUUGAAGUCCCGGUCGAGUCGGUCAUCGCUUUCAAAGGCGUUCGUGUCUCUGAUUUUGGAGGUCGUUCGCUCUCGUUGAGCUCAAGCGGGACAAUGAACGCCAAUCCUGAGAUUGAGGAAGCAUACAAGCUUAAAGGCUGGUACGAGGGCCAAGGUCGCCAUACUGAAUACACCAGCCACGCCAACACCAUGUCAACUGUGACGAGCGGAGGUAGAGGGAACGACGCAAAGACAAUCGCGCAGAUCCGGGACGAGAAUAUUGGAAUGGGCGAGGAGACCGAGUGGUUCAGCCUGAAAGCCACCAUCAUCUACAUCAAGCAAGACAGCUUUGCGUAUCCAGCCUGCCGUACCACGGAUCCUGCUCCUUGCAACAAGAAGGUCCAGGAGGAGUCUGAAGGGCAGUGGCGCUGCGAAAAAUGCAACAAGGUGUGGGAUGCACCGAAUUACCGGUACAUCAUGUCGGUCAACGUGAGCGACCACACAGGUCAGAUCUGGCUGAGCUGCUUUGACGAAGUCGGCGCUACUAUCAUGGGCAUGCAAGCGAAUCAGUUGAUGCAGCUGAAGGAGGAAGGCGAUGACAAGCGCGUCACGGAGACAUUUGGUGAUGCGAACUGCCAGACUUUUGUCUUCCGGUGUCGCGCGAAGAUGGACACUUUCAAUGAUCAGCAGAGGCGAGUGCAUAUCAAUCCGGACAAUCAUUCUGGCCAUUGCAAUACUGACUUAUUCCACAGAGUUCGCUAUCAGGUCCAGUACGCCAACCCGCUCAACUUCUCCGUCGAGGCGAAGAAAUUGGCGGACAUCAUCAAGCAGUACAACAUCCAGGACGAGAGCCUGUUUGUCUCAUAA